AUGGCAUCCGAUGAUUUCGUGAAAACGGCUAGAAAGGCACUCGUCUCCUAUUCUGUUUCAAUUCAAAAUUAUACAGAAGAUGACUGUCAGAUUGCAUUCCAUGCAACAACUAAUCCAUUCAUGCAGACGAUCCGUCUUGUACACAUUUUCUUAUGUACAUUCGGUGCAAUCUCUUCAUCUCUCUUCAUCUACGUUCUUUUGAAUUCUUCAUCCAGAAAUUUGCAUCGAAACCUUCGAAUCUCACUUGCCUCCCUUGCAUUUGCAGCUCUCGUCGCUUGUCUUCAACUGGAUUUUAUUGCAUUUUAUCAUCUCGCACUCACUCUCACUGCUGAAAAUCCAUGUGAUUCAAUGUAUGAAGCCAGAAAAUGUGCAAUACUUCGAUUUCCAGUGGUCCUUUCUAUUUAUGCGACACUUUGUGGAAUCAUUGUUCUUGCCAUUGAACGAACUAUCGCCACUUUGAAGUAUAAAACUUAUGAGGCUCAUGGAUCUAGAAAAGUUGGGGUAAUACUGAUAGCUGGCCAAUGGGUCAUUUGCAUUAUCGUAGCGAUUUGUUCGGUUCUCCUCCGUUCUGAUCCGGGAUACGUUCAUUACUGUACCGCCUAUAUAUCCCACCCGAGAACAUCUGUUUUCUCAUUAUGCUUCAUGUCAGCACUGGAAGUCAUAACUUUGGUUUAUUUUAUUGUAUUGCUGCAAUCCAACCAAAGACGACAAGUGAAUGAAUUUGUGAAUAAGGCUAUGCAUUCGUUAUCGGAAAGAUAUCAGCUACAGGAAAAUGUGAAAAUAAUGCAAAUUCUGAUUCCUUCGAUUACCGUUCAUGCGAUCCUCGGAUUUAUUGGACUUGGAUCUAUGUUGAUGUUUGCGAUAAUGUACAGAUCUGCCGACGAUCGACUAAUAGUCGGUUUUGCUCCAUUCUCUGAAGUAGUCUUAUUGGUCAUUCCAGUCUACGCAGUAGUAUUCCCAAUAGUUGCUGUAUUCCAGAAUAAGCAACUGCGGUUAGCUUCAAGAAGAGCUCUUCCCUUUCUGUUCAAUCCCGAAUCUCAAGAAUCGAGUGAAAUGCUACCAGAUCCACCACCAUCGCAUACCAUGAUCACAUCUCGACCAAGUCGACAGUUGGAAAAAGAAUCAGAUACUCAUUUCGAUUUGCUCAAUGAGAUGUGGAAAAAGUAA